ACUCGCACGAACGUUUCAGUGAAAUACGAUUAUAAAUACGCGUUUCGAUUAUAAGUUAUCGGAUUAAAAGGACUAAAUUUACUCCUUACGUUUAUAUAAUACAAUUUCUUCGUACUAAUUAAAUUUAAGUAUGAAUUUAUCAACGAACUUUGUUAUAUAGUGGACAGUGUGAUUUUUUGUUUAUGUUAUCAAAACUAUUAUUUGUGAAUGAAAAACUAUAACCAUGUGCAUUAUAUUAUUAAGAAGGACUGUUUGCUGAAUUAACAUCGAAAUUGAUUAAUAAAUUGAUGGAUUCUUUACAUCCGGCGAGGGGUCGCAUCAUACGCAUGCCGACGGAAAAAACAUGACACUGAGCCAUACGAGCUUUGUUUUUCUUCUUCCUUGAUAGUUAUUUUCCUCAAAAAUGGCUCUUCAGCAAUCUUCCUCAAGAAAUACAAUUUUCGGUCAGAUAAUAUUUUGGAUUUUAAUUGGACUUAAUGUGGCCGAUCAGAGUUCAUUACCAUUAAAAUAUGAAGCUCCCGAUGAUUGUCAGUGGUGGCUACGAGGACCAAACGAUGCUCAUGAGGUUUCACUCACGUGUAAGCUACGUACAAUAAACAGUGAAUUUGAUACAACAAACUUUAGUGUCAUACCAUCUGAACAUACAACUUCCUUGCGAAUAGAGUGUAAUGAAGAAAUGAUGUAUAAAAGUUCAUUAGAUGACCGUAGUUUCGCGCAUUUGGUCAAACUACGUGAACUUGUUUUGGAUAACUGUAAAAUUGGAAGAUGGCCGCCUGGCGUACUCUCCGGACUGAGAGACCUCCGAAAUUUAACGAUAAGAACUAAAAACACCGAAUGGGCCGCUAUGAGUUUAGAGAUCGCAUCAGAAAGCUUUACGGCUGUUCGUCAGUUGGAAAAGUUAGACUUGAGUUUCAACAACAUUUGGUCGUUUCCUGAAAACUUGUUUUGCCCCUUAACAAAUUUAGUGUAUCUAAACGUAUCAUCUAAUAGACUUCAGGAUGUCAGUGAUUUGGGAUUCAGAGAGAGAGCAAUGCAUCAAGCACUCAUUAGUGAACAUGAGGGACCGUCACCUUCGUCAUCUUCGUUGCCACAUUCGUCAUGUUCCUUGGACAUUGAAGUGUUAGAUGCAUCAAGCAAUCAUUUUGUUUUAAUGCCCGAAAACGGUUUUAUGGCUUUGAGACGGCUUAAAGAACUUCAUAUUCACGAUAAUGAGAUAUCUAUGGUUGCUGAUAAAGCAUUAUCAGGUUUGAAACAAUUGCAAAUUAUCGACCUUUCGAAUAAUAAAAUUGUUGCACUUCCGCAAGAUUUAUUUAGAGAUAGUCGACCAGUGAUUAAAGAAAUAUAUUUACAGAAUAAUUCAAUCAGUGUUCUUUCGCCGAGUCUUUUCGCUAACUUAGACCAAUUGUUAGCUUUAGACUUAUCUAACAAUCAUUUAACGAGUACUUGGAUCAAUGAGAAUACAUUUACUGGUCUUAUAAGAAUGGUACUUUUAAAUUUAUCAAACAAUAGAUUGACGAAACUCGAUCCUAGAAUAUUUAAAGAUCUCUAUACACUUCAAAUAUUAAACGUGCAACACAAUAUGUUGGAAUCAAUCGCCGCUGACACAUUUGCACCAAUGAAUAAUUUGCAUACACUUAUAUUGUCAUAUAAUAAAAUAUCUCACAUCGAUGCCUACGCCUUAAACGGCCUAUACGUGCUAUCUCUGUUAUCUAUAGAUAACAAUCAUCUUGAAGAACUUCACCCUGAGGCAUUUCGGAAUACUUCCUCCUUACAGGAUUUGAAUUUAAAUGGAAAUCGCUUAAAGAAAGUGCCUAUAGCGCUACGAAAUAUGCGCUUACUAAGAACACUUGAUCUCGGUGAAAAUCAUAUAACUUCAUUGGAAGAGCCCGGCUUUGUAGGCUUACAUAAUGUAUAUGGAUUACGUCUUAUUGGUAAUAAAAUUGAAAAUAUAAGCAAGGACGUAUUUUCCGACUUACCUUCUCUACAGAUUUUAAAUCUUGCCAGAAAUAAACUUAAACAUAUUAAUAUAAACGCUUUUGAAACUUUAUCUAACUUACAAGCAGUUAGACUGGAUGCCAACCAGCUUACAGAUAUUCAAGGCCUCUUUGUAAAUAUACCCUCUUUGUUGUGGCUAAACGUGUCAGAUAACCAAAUACAAUGGUUUGAUUACGCCGUAAUUCCUACUGCUCUCCAGUGGUUAGACGUCCAUAGCAACAACAUCAAAGAAUUAAGCAAUAACUAUCGCUUAGAUAAAGAACUACGUCUGCAGACGUUAGAUGCAAGCUUCAAUAAAAUGACAAAAAUAACCACAUUUUCUAUUCCUAGCAGUAUCGAGCUUCUCUUUUUAAAUGAUAAUCAAAUUACGCAAGUUGAAGCCCAAACUUUUGUGGGAAAAACCAAUUUAACGCGAGUCGAUUUGUAUGCAAAUCAGAUAACUAGCAUGGAUCUCAACGCUCUUCGUUUGACUCCGGUUGAUCCGGGUAGGCCUCUGCCCGAAUUUUAUAUCGGUGGAAACCCUUUUCAAUGCGACUGUACAAUGGAGUGGCUACAACGUAUUAAUAAACUCGAUCAUCUAAGACAACACCCACGUGUAAUGGACCUGGAAAGCAUUUAUUGCAAGUUGUUAUAUAAUCGUGAAAGAACUUAUAUUCCGCUCAUUGAAGCGGAAUCAUCCCAGUUUUUGUGUACGUAUAAAACACACUGUUUUACAUUGUGCCAUUGUUGUGAUUUUGACGCGUGUGAUUGUGAAAUGACCUGCCCGUCGAACUGUACGUGUUAUCACGACCAACCGUGGUCGGCGAAUAUUGUGGACUGUUCCGCCGCUGGUUACGCGGAAAUACCUAACACUAUACCUAUGGACGCUACUGAACUAUAUUUAGACGGUAAUAAUUUUGGUGGAUUGACGAGUCAUGCUUUUAUAGGACGUAAAAAUUUAAAAAUUUUAUACGCGAACAAUUCGAAUAUCGAUGCUCUGUACAACAAUACAUUUAGUGGACUAAAACGUUUAACUGUGUUACAUUUGGAAAAGAACAAUAUAAAAGAGUUAUUAGGUUUCGAAUUAUCCCCUCUGGAAAAUUUGCGUGAGUUACAUCUACAAGACAAUAAAAUACAUUAUAUCGACAAUCGAACAUUUAUGGAGUUGAGGCAUUUAGAGGUAUUGCGCUUGGAAGGGAAUAACAUUUAUACUUUUGCCGUGUGGCAAUUCACGAUGAAUCCAUAUUUAGUAGAGAUAAGUCUCUCUCGCAAUCCGUGGACUUGUGAUUGUCAAUACAUGCAAAAAUUCCGAAGCUGGUUUAAAAAUAAUCUAGGCAAGGUGGAAGACUCAGAUAAAAUAACGUGUAUUUUUGACAACGUUACGAACGCAAUUGGUCCUCAUAUGGCCGACUUUAAUUCCACAAUUUGCACGACCCAUGUUGGUGGAAGUUCGUCAAUUAUUGAGAAUCAAGUUAUAAAUGAUUAUCUCCCAUUAUUACUGAUAUCACUUUUUGUAUUUAUAAUAAGUUCUGCCCUGAUUUGUGGAAUAUUUUGUUGGAGACGAGAGUUAAGAGUAUGGGUAUACUAUCACUGCGGAUUCAGAAUGUGCUAUAAAAAUACAGCUUUCGACGAUGAAGCCGACAAAGAUAGACUAUUUGACGCCUACAUUAGUUACAGUGUGAAAGACGAAGCAUUCGUCGCUCAGAUGUUAGCGCCCGGUCUGGAAUCACAAGACCCGAGUUUCCGGCUUUGCCUACAUUACCGAGAUUUUAACGCCUCUGCCUACGUAGCGGACACUAUUAUAGAGGCCGUUGAAUCGUCGAAGAGAACUAUUAUAGUUCUUUCUAAGAAUUUUAUAAAUAACGAAUGGUGUCGAUUUGAAUUUAAAACUGCACUACACGAAGUAUUAAAAGAGAGACGAAGAAGACUGAUAAUAAUAUUGUUAGGUGAACUUCCAAACAGAGACAUCGAUCCCGAGUUAAGGUUGUGUUUAAAAGCGAAUACGUGUAUUGAGUGGGGUGAUAGACAGUUUUGGCAAAAAUUAAGGUUCGCAAUGCCGGACUUGAGGAAGUGUCAAUAUCACCGAUCGACGGUGAAUAUUUACGCGUCAGUGUCACCGGUGGGGGCCGGUCGGGCGCCGGCGCCGCCCCCUCCACCACCACCCGGCAAGCUGCCGCCCUUGCUGGCCGACGGUCUCGCCGACAGGCUAGCUGUGCCGGCUGGCGUGCACGCUCGCGACCCACAUCCCCACCGCAUGCCACCGCACGCUCAACUUUGGGCGUAGCGUAUGCUUCAACGCAGGUAAAUUACAAUCUGCGACGCUUAAACGUAUUUAGUCCAAUAAAGUGAUAAUUGUAUUAAGUUGUUCCAUAUUUGUAUUUAUUGUGUAAUAUAUAGGUUCUGGCAAUAAAUUUGCAUUUAUCUGUACAUUUUGAAACUAGUUUUAAAUUAAUUUAUGGAUUCAAUUCCUAAUUUCUGCGAUAGUAAUUUAUAUAUAGGAUAGGACUAUUGGAAUUGGUUGGUUGUUGACAACCUAAUUACAUACUAGAACAUAAAUAUUAUAUAGAUUGCUUAAAUUAUAUAAUGC